AUGUACCUUAGGAUUUUGAAGGGAAUUGAUUUGGAACUGGUAGAUAGAGAUGUGAUAAGGACUCAACAGGUUAAUUUUGUGUAUUGUUUUUAUAUCUAUGUUAUAUCCAUGGGUGAAAAUAAACCUUCAACAAAGAGGGGUACCAUCAAACAGAAAUUGAUUACCUAUUAAAUUAGAACUGUAUUGUACUACCUAACAUCUCAUUUUGCAGUGCAUAGAGUGAGUGAAGCUGAACCCGUAUUUAGCAGGUGUCUGUAGAGCAGGGUUUGACUGUACCUAAGUUUUUGUAUUUGCCUGAUAUACAAGCUUGUUAAAGUUGUGACAAACUCCACCAUGCCACACACAUUAAGUUGUCGGUGCUAAUAUCUAAACAUGCUAUGCAAAGGGCUGCUGCACUGUACAUGUGUGUGAAAUUGCUCCUUCUGAAAAUCAAAAUCCAUUUUUAAGAGUUAAGACAUUGCUUCUAGAAUCUUGAUUGACAACAUUCUGAAACUUGUAUCAUCAUUUCUUUUUUCAAGACUCUAAGAUCGAUUAUUAAAACUGUCAACUUUUGAUGAGUUUCAGCUGGUUGCACUUGUACAAGUUUGUAAAACCAUUUACAGAUGAAUCAGUUUAGAAGCUAAAUAUAAUUUUUCUUCUAUGAACAGGAAGUAGAAAGAAACACAAAAGUUAAAGAUCACAUCAGGGAUACGUGCAUCACAGAGCUUGUUGACUCUUGGUUUCAGAUUCUGGUAGGUGGAAAUCAUGUACCGGUAUUUUAGCAAAACAAUGAGGUUGAUCUCGGUUUUAUUAACUGUUAUUUUGUAUCGUGUUUUGUAUGCAGAAAACAUAUGAAAAUAGUGUGUCAUCAAUAACGUGCCUUUGCCUGGACACUGCCUGGGCAUCAUUGGAUAUUGAAUGGACUGAUAUUGCCCUAAUUGCAAACAACAGGUUUAUCAGGUAAUGUUCAUUGUAAAAAGGGCAGAUUAAAAUGCAGACUGCGGACUGACGGUGGACUAUUGUUUUUAGGGUUAUAAAACAAUGGGACUUUUAAGUGAAAAAUGAUCCUCGCAGUUGUUAAUGCAACUUAUGCAAUUGUGUAAGAGAAGCCUGAAAAAAAUUCAGGACUUCAACGUGAUUUGAAUUAACCCAUGACCUCGCGAUAUGGGUGCAAUUCUCUAACCAACUAAGCUAUGAAGCCAAUGAUGUUGGGAGCAGGUCAAUUAUGUGUUCAUAUGUUCCCAUGAAAGAGAAAAUGUGACAAAUGUAAAUAAAUGAAAUAAAUCAUACAUGAGAACUGCGGAAAUGAAAUCAAGUAAAGUAUGAUCCUCGCAGUUGAUGUAUUUCAUAUACAUUUGUUACAUUUUAUGUCUUUCACGGGAACAUAGAGAAGCAGUAUCCUUGAACCACAAGAGGUACAUGAAUUCAUGUGUAAGACUAAGCUUACUAAGGUGUACCAGCCUGUGUAUCAGACAUGGUUUAACAUUGGUUAGUAACGUCUGUGCAGCAGUGCUGAUAUCCUUGUCCUAGUCCCCAACGUACUCAAAAAAUUACCAGAAGUGUGUAUCAAUUUUCCUUUCAUCUUGAUUAGCAAAUCAACUAUGGCUUUUUAAACUGGCCAAUCAUGGCAUAAACUUAAAUCCAUGUACACAGGAGGAGGCCCAGAAGAAGGGUUUCAGCGCUGUUUCAAAUGACAUGAACAGAGUUUACAGACUUAAAGAACUUAGAUUCCUUGCUGAUAAAUUGUUGGUCAUCCUCCUUGUCGUGUAUGUCAGUAUUAAACAACUGCAUUUUUCCCUUGGCAAAAAAUGUUUCCUUACUUAUUAGGUUAAUAAGUUUUUACAGCACAUAUGAUAUAACCCUUAUUAAGUGCCUGUCCUACUAGUGAUCAAUCUAACAUCCAUUCAUUCAUUUAAUAUUUAUGGCAGGAUUGAGUCAAAACGCUGGAAGAAAAUGUUGCUGAUUUUGGUAGAAUAUCAGAAAUUCUACUCACCAUUUAGGGAAAGGUAAUGCACUCAGUCGUACAUUACACAUUUCAACUAUUUUUAGGUUUUAACAGACUUGUUUAGAACGCUUUGACAAAAAACCUGUCAACAAACUGUUGUAGAGCGAGCCGACCCCACCCCCCAGCCCCCCCCCCCCGACCGAAACAAUCCAGAAAGAGUUUUAAAAAAAUGACGUAAUUUUUUAGUUUGUCUAGUCAUAAAUCAGCAUUGAAUACGACAGUCGUCGUCCAGGAAGCGUGCUACAUGUUUCGUCGGUCGCGCUUAUCUGAAAAGCAAUAUUUUAAGUCCGUUUUUUUCGUGUUCAAGUUACUCUUCUGCACGGCCAAUGAAUGUUAAAGUGAAAUCGUAGACUAGGACGAUUUCCCGAAUCGCUUUGCAAAUGUGAGGGGGGCGGCAUAACUUUUCGAAGAGAAGAUUCUAACAUUCUUAUCUUUGGUGUUCCGCGUUUUAGAACAUAUCGAGGAACAGCUGUUGUUGUAGCGAAAGGCUGAUGCCUGUAUCAGCUAGUUUGCUAUGACGGCUGUUAUUUCCAGAGCAACGCCAACCAUAAACCAGGGUCUGUCAAGUGCCAUUCACGAGGUGAGUGAUGAAUGUAGGUAGUGUAUUUUAAAAAAUGUUAGGUAGCCUGUGUAGCUGGCGGGAUUCCUGUGCCCGGGGUGGCGACGGAACCGCCACGCGAAGCGAGGGGUGAAGCGAGGGAUUUUCGCGAGCGGCUUGCAGCGAGAGAAAAUUUUAAAUUGACUUGUACCCACUCUUCUCAGCACUUCCACGCUAAUCCCACCAGCCACGCAGGCUAAACGUAAGGAAGAUCCUUGCAUUUAAACUUGCUAUAGCCUGAGUGGCAGGCGUUCAAAAGGGAAGGGAAAGGGGAUUUGGAGCGCGCAAGAAGCGGACUCGCGCCUAAAUUCUCUUCCUCGUCCGUUUCGAACGCCAGCCACGCAGGCUAAACUAGCUGACUUGUGCAUUUGUGAAAAGAAAGCUGGAAGAAACUCCGGCUUGCAGUUUGCCGGGAUUCGAAGCCAGACUUCUGCGAUACCGGUGCAGCGCUCUAACCAAUUAAGCCAGCAUACCAACUGGGUCAUUAUGUUGGAGAGUUUAAGCUUCACGUACACGGCAAACAGUUAGCGUCUGAUUCAAGUUGAGAAUUUCUCAAAAUAGAAAAUGAGCAGAUAAAAACAGCUCAAAACAAUUCUUAUGGAUAAAAAAUUGCUUGAAACUACUAAUUUAGGUGAAGAAAUAGUGAACAGUAAACAACAAGUAUUAAAAGAGGAAACUUGGUCACGUGGUACAAAUUCGUGUUUGCCGUUUGACGAAAACGUGAUGCUGAACCUCUCUAAUGGUUCGUAAUAUACCCAGGAAAGGCUAGUAGUGUAUUUGCUGAUUUCGGUCUCUGAGUGCGUCCUCUUUGGGACGCAACAGGACGGCAGAGAGAAGAGGACGGCAAAAAGUUUGUGUGUGACAAGCGCGACUGGGCUGCUACUUGCGAGUUUUGUCGUGAUCUUCACCUAACGUAACUGUGUUAUGGUCUUUUACAAGAAAGAUCUGUUUUCAGGUGAAGUUUGGCGGAUAAUGUUUUCAAACAGUAUCAUUAUAUUACGCUUGUCACACAAGGUUUGCCGAUGCCCAUAUAAUUAUGCUUCUGUUGGUCGUGUCGCUAGUGAGGCCUUUAUUUAAGGAGUAUGUGUUCCCAAUAUUGACACCGGCAAUCAAGGGAUAUCACUGGAAAUUAAGCUUAAACAAGUGACAAUGUUGUUGACAAAGUAAUUGCGGCUAUUUUCUUUUUGUGGUAACCGACUUUACGUCAACCCCCUCACCCUCAACCUUCCCAGCAAAAAAUGUUUAAAAAAGAUCGAUACGGUGAUAAUGGUAAGAGCUUUUUUUGGUGGCCUUCGCAAAAUAGAUUUACCAGAGGAUUUGAAUUUAUUUGUCAACUGUCUUUUUUCCAAUAGGUUCUUCUUACAGAUACAAUAUGCACUAACAAGUGCAACAUGAACAGUGCUCUCUUCAAAGAAGUCACACAGCACGAAAAAAGAAAUUUAAGUGAGCGUAAUGGUGGCGUAAAGCUGGCGUAA